UAUAGCCAACACAAUAAUUAUCACAAUAAAGUAGCAAUAAAUACUUCGGAUUUUAUCUGGGAAAAAAAAAACUCUCCUUUCUCUCUUUUUAUCUCCCUCUUUUCUUGGGAUCUUCUGAACAUUUAUAUAUCGUCCAUGCUCUAUCUUGUUCUUCCCGCUCAGAUUAUUUUUUGAAGGAAGAUCGAUCGCUGUCAACCCUUUUUGUCUCCUCUGUAAAUUUUUUGUUUUCUCUGUUCUAUUUUGUGGUACAAGCGAUAGGGAACAUCAAUCAUCCAUGGCUGAGAUCUCAAUGAACUCUGCAAACAACAACAGGGUUGUGUUGAAUGUCAACGAUGGCGAUGUGGGUCACAACUCUCUUCCGGCUUCGACCUCUGAAUCUCUUGAGAAACGAGAUUCAGCUCUCAGUUUCUCUGUACCUUUCAUUCAAAAGUUAAUGGCUGAAUUUUUUGGGACAUUCUUCUUGAUUUUUGCGGGGUGUGCUUCAGUGGCUGUAAAUGAUGAAUAUGAGAAAGUAGUGACACUUCCAGGAAUAUCAAUUGUAUGGGGAUUAGCUGUAAUGGUGUUGGUUUACUCUGUAGGUCAUAUCUCUGGUGCUCAUUUUAAUCCAGCAGUCACCAUUGCUUUUGCCUCUUGCAGGAGAUUUCCACUCAAGCAGGUACCGGCUUAUAUACUGGUUCAACUGCUAGGAUCAACACUAGCAGCUGGAACUCUUCGAUUGCUUUUUAACGGGCAGCAUCAAGUUUUUACGGGAACUGCUCCAUCCGGUUCUGACAUGCAGUCUUUUGGGAUUGAAUUCAUAAUCACCUUCUACCUCAUGUUCAUUAUAUCUGGUGUUGCCACAGAUAACAGAGCUAUUGGAGAACUUGCAGGGCUGGCCGUUGGCGCAACAGUGCUACUCAAUGUGAUGUUUGCAGGGCCAAUUUCCGGAGCAUCAAUGAAUCCGGCAAGAAGCCUGGGGCCUGCAAUUGUGUUCAGUCGAUACAAAGGGAUAUGGAUAUACAUUUUUUCGCCAGUUCUUGGAGCAAUAUCUGGCGCAUGGGUUUACAAUAUGGUGAGAUAUACAGAUAAACCACUGCGUGAGAUUACCAAGAGUAGUUCUUUUCUCAAGAGUGCACGUAGCUGUUCCACUUGACGCUCGUGUUAGCUUCAAGCAGCUGUUUCGAUUGUUUCAUGUUAAUAAUUAAUACGCACUACGAAGCUUACAACGGAGACAACAACGGGGAAUAUUUUUUCUAUUUCUUAUUUCCCUACUUUUUACUAUCGGUAGGUAUUGGAUCAAGAAUCAAAAGGACAUUAAUUGUUCAUCAUUUGUUUAGUAGCUUAAAAAUUUGGAAUUGGCUAGAAUGAUGUGCUGCAAUUAUUAAAAAGUCUUGUAGCUACUAGAAUUUGGGAAAAUUUUUGUAAUCUAAACAAUAUACAUUA